UAGCCAUCUGCCGGAUUACAGCCCAUACGCAGCCAGUGAGGGUUUUAUUCUGUUUCAAUGAGGAAAACACCGUAUCUGCCUGUCUGAAAGCUGUCACAUGGGGCCAAGGAAGAAAAAAAAUCGCUUCCUGAAAUGAUCCUCGUCACUGGCUGUGUAUUGUUGUUGUUUUUUUCUCUCACAUCGCAUCGCGUUUAAUUUUCCGUCCGUAGCUUUUGGAUCUUCGGUGCCGAAGAUGAUCAGCAAAGUUAAAAACGCGAUGUCCACCCUGGUGGGAGGGAUGAUGCCACACGGACACCACCACCACCACAACCAUCACUCAGGUGGCGGCCAGACCUGCGGACCGGACAGCCUGCCGCCGCGCUUCCCCUACGGCCGGCCGGAUUUCUUGGACCUCACCCCGGAGCUCCUGCAGUACUCCACCGAGCACGCAUCACGGCCGGUGCUGACGUUGAAGAGAGACAGUAGGCUUCCCUGGCGGACGGGAUACGCAGAGGUGAUCAAUGCGGGGAAGAGCAUGCUGAACGAGGACCAGGCCUCCUGCGAGAAGCUGUUUGUGAAGAAGCCAAGCAGCAAACACCGCAACUCCACUAUGCUGGAGGACAACGGGGAUGGAACAGGAAUCCCUCUCCACUUUUGGGGCGUGUUUGAUGGACAUGCAGGUUCCGGAGCCGCCAUCAUGGCCUCCAAGCUUCUUCACCGCCUCAUCAGAGACCGUUUGGGAGAAAUCUGUCACCUGCUGGAGAACCCCACCAGCGCACCUCCUAUCUGCCUGGCCAAGAACGGCAGCCCGUACCAGGUGGAGACGAAGAAGGGAGCUGCACAGGAACCAGAAGACCCAGAGGCUGUCAGCGACUCUUCCGUACGCUUUCACAUGGAGAAGGUUGUCAGCUUGGAGAGCCUGGUGAUGGGAGUCAUAGAGACGGCCUUCUCACAGAUGGAUGACCUAAUUGAAAAGGAAAAACUUUCAUAUGCCAUCUCUGGUGGGUGUUGUGCCUUAGCUGCCAUUCAUUUAAUGGGGAAACUCUACGUGGCCAAUGCUGGAGAUAGCAGGGCCAUAAUCAUACGAAAUAAUGAAGUUAUUCCCAUGACCAAUGAAUUCACACCCGAGUCAGAGAGACAGCGGCUACAGUAUCUGGGCUUCCUGAGGCCAGAGCUCCUGGGUAACGAGUUCACUCACAUUGAGUUCCCUCGUAGGAUCCAGCACAGUGAGCUGGGCAAAAAGAUGCUCUACAGAGACCACACCAUGACUGGCUGGGCUUAUAAAACAAUUGUUGAAGAUGAUCUGAAAUUCCCCCUGAUAUAUGGAGAGGGUAAAAAGGCACGCGUCAUGGCGACAAUUGGAGUCACCCGUGGUCUAGGUGAUCAUGACCUGAAGGUGUACAACUCCAAUAUUUACAUCAAGCCCUUCCUCUCAUGCGUCCCUGAGGUGAAGGUUUAUAACCUGGAUGAAAACAAACAUGGCCCAGAUGACGUCUUGGUUAUGGGCACAGAUGGGUUGUGGGACGUGACAACGGACAGGGAAGUGGCAGAUGCUGUGUCAGCUUACUUAUCCUGCUGCGACCCUUCUGAUCCCAUGAGAUAUACACUGGCAGCCCAGGACCUGCUGAUGAGGUCACGAGGAGUGCUGAAAGAGCGCGGCUGGCGGCUACCCAAUGACAAACUUGGCUCAGGCGAUGACAUCACUGUGUUUGUCAUCCCACUGGCAGGGCAGGAGUUAGAGACAUGACAAGGUGCUGCAGCGACCCCUAUGACAGGGCUGACUCUUUAGGGUCCUCCCCACGGUCCAAGCUCCCUAAGCCCUGGGGAGGUGGGGAAACACCUUUGUCAUAGAGAAGACUUGGGUCUGAGCAUCACCUUCAUCAACCCAGUAGACUGGACCCAGUCCCAGCCACUUCACUUCAACCCAGUCAUGUAACAAAAGAUUUUCAGUGACAUUAUAAGAGAAGUCACAAUCUUUCUCCCAGCUGUUUGUGACGGUUGACAGUGAAAAUUAAACCCUUGUAGUAUUUUUGUUUCCUGUUUAUCUUCAAGGCUGAACCGCGACUCAAUACUUUGAAUGGAUUGUUAAUUUUCAUGUCAUGCCGUGAAUGUGACUCCCUUUCGUUAAACAUAAACAAACAAAAAAAACAAGCUUUGUGCUGUUUCACAAUCAUACGUUGUAAAGGAGGUUGCAGUAAAGAAUUUGAGGAAACCAAAGAGAUGCCGUUGUGGCAUAAGGAUGGAAACCUCUAAAAUAAAUACAUAAAUGAUAAACAAAAAAAAUCUCUAGAUUCAUGUCUGUACAUUAAAGAAGCAUGUAGGAUGUAAAAACAGAGGAACGGACCUUUUUCAGCACUUAAACAGAAUCGGUUGGGUUUGUAUCGCUGUACUUCCUUUAUUAAUAAUGAAUGAAUGACGACACCUUAGUAGGGCUGCAACUAAUGAUUCUAUUCAUUAUCAAUUAAUCUCUCGAUUAUUUUCUCAAUUAAUCCAUUAGUUGUUAGGUCCAGAAAAUGACGAUCAGUGUUUCCCAAAGCCCAAGGGGAUGCCCUCAAAUGUCUCCUUUUGUUGACAACCCAAAUAUAUUCAGUUUACUGUCAUAGAGAAGUAAGGAAACCAGAAAAUGUGUACAUUUGAAAAGCUGAAAUCAGAAAAUGUUUUCUUGUUUGUUUUUUUCUUUAAAAAAGGUCUCAAAGCUAUUAAUUGAUUAUCAUAAUAGUUGGCAAUUAAUUUAAUAGUUGACAACGAAUUGAUUAAUCGGCUAUUGGUUGCAGCUCUACACCUUAGGCAUUGUUGCACACGCUCUGUGGUAGCCUGUUGACUUGUGACAUAUUUCUAUUGAAUGUGAUAUUUUUUUGCCAUUACAGUGAAGAGAACAGAAGUUUAUACUUGUGUUCUUUAAAACACAUUUUAAAAACAACAUGAAGGAACAGGAUCAUUUGUUUAAUUUAACUACAUGUUUUCAUUGUUUAACCUUAGUAGGAGAAAGUUAUUUGUUCUCGGUAUAGUAAGAUGUGAUAAACUUCACACAUAUGCCUUAUUGAGAGGUGAAAGGGACUCGAGAGUUUUUUUUGUCCGAUGCACUAAAUUUGAUCCUUGUAGAAGAAGUGGCAAAGAACAUUGUGUGCCCUUAAAUGUACUGUAUACCUCUUUGGUACCAUUUUUGGUAUGUCAUGUUUAUUUAGAUUAUCCAUAUAUUUUUGAAUACAACUGUGGUUGUAAGCAGUAUCAGAAGUUUUAUUUUUAUGUUUCUAUCCAUUGCAGUUUGUUUAGAGAGAUGGUGUGUCCUAGAAUAUGAGCUACCAAAAUGUGAGGUAGAGGGAUAAUGUGUACGAGUUUAGAAAUAAAUCUGAUUUUUUCCCA